AUGGGCGUGUUUCCCGUUUUUAACGCGAGCAACGUUUCGCAGGCCGGCUCCUUCGAGGACAGCCACAACUGGACGGCGGCGACCCAGUUCACCCAGCCAGGAUGGAGAAUUGCUCUGUGGGCCAUCACCUACUCCUUCAUCGUUAUCACAUCCAUCGUUGGCAACAUCACCAUCAUCUGGAUCAUCCUGGCACACAGGAGAAUGAGGACCGCCACCAAUUACUUCAUCGUUAACUUGGCCCUUUCGGACCUGCUGAUGUCCGCUUUCAACACCAUCUUCAAUUUUAUCUAUGCCAGUCACAAUGUCUGGUAUUUCGGAGAGGAAUUCUGCAGGUUUCAGAACUGGUUCCCCAUCACUGCAGUGUUUGUGAGCAUUUACUCCAUGACAGCCGUGGCUGCAGAGAGGUACGUGGCCAUAAUUCACCCCUUCAAGCCCAGGCUGUCUGCUGGAAGCACCAGAGUCAUCAUUGGGAUAAUCUGGCUGGUGGCAUUCGGGCUUGCCUUCCCGCAGUGCUUCUACGCCGAGAUCACGAUGGACAACGGAGCCAUGAAAUGCAUCGUGGUCUGGCCCGGUGAUGUUGGAUCCAGGCACCAGCUGACGUAUCACAUUGCUGUGAUUGUGUUGAUUUAUUUACUGCCCUUAAUGGUGAUGUUUGUUGCAUACAGCAUUAUAGGAGUUACCCUGUGGAGCAGCGCAGCUGCAGGCAACCACCUGAACAGAGUCCACUACGAACACCAAGUUAACGCCAAAAAAAAGUUUGUGAAGACGAUGGUGGUAGUGGUGAUCAUUUUUGCUGUCUGCUGGCUGCCCUAUCACAUAUACUUCAUCCUGGGGAGCUUCAAGGAGGACAUCUACCAGCAGAAAUACAUUCAGCAGGUGUAUCUCGCAGUCUUCCUCCUUGCCAUGAGCUCGACAAUGUACAACCCCAUCAUAUACUGCUGCCUGAACCAGAGGUUUCGUUCUGGCUUCAAGCUAGCCUUCCGGUGGUGUCCGUGCAUAAAAGCAACAGAAAAAGACAAACUUAAACUUAUGUCCCCAUCUCUCUACCAGACAACCCACAGGAAGUCAAGAACAACAAGUUUCAACACAGAAACUCAGCUGAAUGAGAAAGAGAAGACAUUGUUUACCCUCACCCAAUCACCACUUUAA